UGUGUGGUGCUUCUGCACCCACAAGAGCAGCUUCUCUAUAAGACUUAAGCUGCCGUACUUGCCCACACCACUUAGUUUGUCCUCGAGUGUAAACUUGUGCGGACCUGUUCAGUGACAGUGUUGACUUCAAGCGCUGAAAUGCAGUGAAUGACAGAGGCUUAAGACUUAGAGUUUUUAAAGGAAUUUUUAAUAUAAUUUGUUUUGGUGUUAGCUCAGUGUUAUCAAGAUGCCCAAGAUUUUCUUAAUCAAGGACCGCCUGCAGCAGCAGCAGGCAAGGCUCCUGGAAGCACAGAAGGCGGGAGCACCCCAAGAUGACGACCGCAGCCGACAUGUGGACGUUCACAGCUCGUCCUUCUCAAGCUCCCCUCCACUCGACCUGCGAAGGGAAAGACCUCACCGGAUAUCCCACAUGGACACUACACCGUCAUCAAUCGACCUCAGGAAAGACAGUAUCGCUCAUCUUGGCCGCCUCGACCUGUCACGGGAUAGUCACCUAGAUUUGUCAAGGGACAGUCGGCUGGACCUGUCACGAGACAGUCGUGUUGGUGUCAAGGGACAGCCGCCUCGACCUGUCACGGGACAGCCGCCUCGACUUGUCACGGGACAGUCGCCUCGAACUAUCACGGGACAACCGCCUCGACCUGUCACGGGACAGCCGCCUCGACCUGUCACGGGACAGCCGCCUCGACUUGUCACGGGACAGCCGCCUCGACUUGUCAAGGGACAGCCGCCUCGACUUGUCACGGGACAUGCCUCGACUUGUCACGGGACAGCCGCCUCGACUUGUCACGGACAGCCGCCUCGAGCUAUCAAGAGAUGCCUACCUUGAUAUGGAGAGAGAGAGCUCCCUGGAUUUACGUAUGGGUGAGAGAUGAGGGAGAAAGAUCCGUCAGUCCCAGCAGCCGCACCUCGCGCUACUCUCCCUCACGACGUCUGGAGGAACAGCCUGACGACAAGCCGCUCUCGCUCACCAUCAGAGACAGAGAUGAGGACAGUGGCUACUGGCGUGACGAUGCACGCCCCCGCAGCCCAAGUCGUUUGGAACCCGUCGGAGAUCGGCAGCGCCGCACCCUACCGCCAAUCAGCCGUUUGUUACCCAGACCAGCUCUCAUUGUCCGCUCCCGUUCCCCAGCCCUACCCCCUGCGGACAUGCUUCUGCCGCCACAGGACACGCCGCUGGACUGCCACGUGCCCCGCCGUGCAGCCUCACCGCGUCUGCCCCCCUUCUGUGACGUCAGACGACACCAACGAGCGCCGUCACCAAUGGAGUACGACCACAGGCCAUCCCGUUACUCCGACGACUCCAUCCUUCCAUACGAUUUGACGACCCGACGCGCACGGUCCCCCCGCAGCGUGUCGCCGCAGUCGCUGCCGCCGGUGUUGGCCUCCAUGCACCUGACGCAGGUCACCAGCGCCGAGGAUGGCGGUGGUCAAGGCAACGGCGGUGGUCCACCUCCUGGCCAACACUGCACCGGCUCUAACGGCGGCUACGUUGACUCUUCACAGACAUCUCUUUCCUUCUUCGGUUCACUCGGCCUCGGUGGAGACAAAGGCGGGCUUGGUGGCGCUGACGGAGGUGGUGGUGGAGGUCAGACUCCUCCUGGCGGGAUGUCCAACUUGGAGACCACAUCACUGCCACCACCAAUCCCGAUGCCAGUAGAGCCUCACGUGUACUCCCUCCCAGAGCACUGCCGCAGCAUCCCGCUCACUGCCAAUGACACUUCUCAGUCAUUCCCAGCUCCAGCACACUUCAGGGACAAACACCUCCAGCCUCAGCAACAACAACAACAACAGCAACAACAACAACAGCAACAUCAACUACAGCAGCAGCAACAACAGCAGACACAUCAAACACAUUUCCAAACACAGCAUAUCCAGUCUCAGCAAACACAGCCACAGUACACCAUCCCACAACCGUCACCCUCACCGAUACCUGUGUCACCGCCCCUGAGCUGCGCUACCUCGCCCCUUACCAGCGGCACCACCCUCCUCAGGUCCCCGCCAGAGGCACAGACCUUUGAGCCCCUCACCACUCAAACACAGGUUCCGUUGGUGUCGUCUACGGACCUACAGAGCGGGUGGUGCGAGCGAUCACCCAUGUCCCCUCAGUAUAUGCAGACCAGCUACCCCAGCCGGCCCUCACCAGGGGGCAGCUCCAUCAUGGACGCCAACUCCCCGCCGUUGCACGAUCUCCAGCGCGAGGUGCCACUACAGGUGCGAGUGUCCAUCCUGCAGCAGCGUCUGGGCCUUCCUGAAGACACACCCCUUGAAUUUGUCAACGGUGGUCAUGGCAUCAAGAACCCGCUCGCUCCCAACCUUGACCCAGCACGUCCAGAGGUUCCUGAGAAACUGCAGCCUCCGCCCCCCGUUAUGGAGGAGGAAAGCAGCAAAUUCGUGUGUCGCAUCUGCUCCAAGGCAUUCACUCUACAGCGACUGCUAAACCGCCAUAUGAAGUGUCACUCGGACGUGAAGCGAUACCUGUGUACCUUCUGCGGGAAAGGCUUUAACGACACCUUCGACCUCAAGCGCCACACUCGUACUCACACAGGUGUGCGACCCUACAAGUGCAACCUGUGCGAGAAGUCGUUCACUCAGCGGUGUUCCCUGGAGUCCCACUGCCUGAAGGUGCACGGCGUCCAACACAGCUACGCCUACAAGGAGCGGCGCUCUAAGGUGUACGUGUGUGAGGAGUGUGGCCACACUACGGGCGAGCCCGAGUGUCACUACCUCCACCUCAAGGACAACCAUCCCUACAGCCCCGCACUACUCAAGUUCUACGAUAAGAGGCAUUUCAAGUUCAACAACUCCAAUUUCACGAACGUUCUUCUGAUGAGUCAAACGUAGAAAGUUGUGGUGACAGCGGGCGCGGGUGUCCUUGUUGGCUGUUAUAGUUGUAGGCCGGUGGUCACGACUGGUGUGGGCUGCAGUACUGAUGCCAGGCCCAACACAUAUCACUGCCUCGCUGACCGGCACCACACAGGCAGCACAGUGAUGAGUUAGACUUGGCACUGUUGUCGGCUGCUGUGUGGACCAGAGGAGGGCUCUCCCGCUUCUACACAACACGCAGACUGACCUGACCAGCUCACGCGCUGAACGUAUUUUUAUACUUAGCUAAAUAAAGAUAAAGGCAUUAUAUUAUAAGUAUAUUAAAGUAUAUAUUACCAUACUAGAAAAGUUUAUGGUUUUCUUUAUAUAUGCCGUUCAUGUGCAUAUAAUGCAAGUUAUCUCCAGUAGAUCAAGUAUGUAGGCUGUAUGAAACAGAACAUGGUGGCGAUAAUAGCAGUUAUAUGGCAUGUGGCGCUACAAGUGCUUACAAUGUAUGUGGAUUCGUUGCAAUAUAGAUGUUAAGAUAUUGCUGAACCAAUGAUCACGUCUCGCACUUAAUGUGUUGUGCUUCUUCUCUUCUUUCUCUAUAGUUUAUAUACCACGAAACUUCAUUGUCUUUAUUAUUUACUUAUAAAACUGUCGACAAAAGGCCACUGUGUUCCAGUAUGUUGUGAUGAUCUCCAAAUGUAACCUGUGGGCAUUAGAUAUGAAUGGUGCUCCAACCAUAAGUGAUAAAACAUAUAUUAUAUUUUACAAUAACCACCAACCAAUGAUAUUUACCUCAGAGCUGAGACCCGCCGCCUGCAGCCGAGUCUAAGAUCGAGAAAGUUAAGUUUUAGGGUCGAAAAUUAAACUGUAGGACCUAAAACAGAGACGAAGGAGCCGGAGGUGGCACCUUGGUCGUGGCGUGACGGAGGGCAGACGGAGGAGUGUAACAAAAGGGUAGCGUUGUGGCCCCCGUCAACGAGGAGUGGAGGCUGUUGAGGCGUUAGCUGGUAGUGGACGAGCACGCUGCUCUCGUGGUAUCUUCCGGUGAAGUACAAGCUGUCUGAUGGGUGUAAAUAGGAUGUACAUAGUUCGUUAUCUUUGUCUGGUAUUUUUGUAAAACUUGCGAGCUUCCUGACCUGUGUGCUAGUGCUUUAGAUGGGCCGCGUCAACCAGUAUCAACAAGGCCCGCCACACGGUGACUCUCACUCCGCAGUUUUAGAUUAUCGCUGUUAUACGAGCUGGGUGCUGCUCACGUUUUCUCUACAUUAUGUAGUUGCAUGUACUGUAAGGAAGACUACAAUAGCCAGCUGCACCAAUAUGAAUCUCUGUUAGCAGGAUUAAUUCUAAAUAUAAAUGUUAUUAUUGAUACAUUGUAUGUCUCUGAUGCUAUGCAAGUAGAGGGAUAAGUUGCAGUAAACUAAUGGUGCAAUGGAGUGCAAUUGUUAUGUUGGAUAUAUGUUGUUGGUGUGGUCCAGCACCCGUGGCACUGCGUCUCUCACCGAGGGUCAAGAUGCAGCUGUAACAACGUAGUACAGUAACAUUAUUUAACAGUUGUUCAGCUGGUUGUUAGGCUGCCGGGUGCAAUUAUUCAACUGAGAGUGCAAAUGUUGUUAUGAUUAAAUAAAUAUUGCAAACAUAAUAACCGUUUAUAAGCGUUCACUAGAUGCUACGACCGUGACUGUGGUUCACGAUACUGUUGUUAGGGUCACUAUGAUUAUGGCACUUAGGAACUAUCAGUCAUUUCUCAAGGUGAGCUUUCCAUAUCAUCUUCGCCUCUUUACGGGUUGCAGUUAAUGUUAUUGUAAACUUUUACUUGACCUUAUUUAUGACGGACAGCCGUAACCUCUAGCUGACUGUCUCUUGUUGAUGAGUCUUCAGUCACAUAUAAUAUAUUUUUAGAUAUUCUUUGUCUUGUUUUGUAUGUUCUCUUUUCACGUGUUUUUUUCCCUCUAUCUUAUCUGUAUAUACUUGACACUAAGAUAAUAAAGAUUUUUUUUGAACUA